AUGAAGCGCAGCGAUCGUAGUGCAUCCCCGUCCGUUUUGUUGUACGAGGGCGAUGGUAGCAUGGCAACUCACGUCGACUCACGGAUUGGGAUGAACCAUUUCUCCCCUUGCCGCUGGGACACAAACGACGCGGAAAUUGGAGCGCAAACGCCAUAUUCUGAGGGGUGGAGGGGGAUUAGAAAUAUGAAUUCCGGCGCGACUGCGGUACAUGCGGCGUCGAGGUUCGGUGGCCCGUACCGCUCCCUGUCACCCCAAUCCCUCCCUGCUCGCAGUGGCAGCUGGCUGCCCAAGGGAGCUACCAAAACCUACGAUCCGCUGAGUAGCAGAAGGGGCGGACGUGUGGUGCAUAAUGCAGAACUUGGCCAAGCAGUGGUGAAUACUGCACAUCGGUUGGAGGAAGCAGAUAGAAUGCGUCGGCGUCCGUUGUCCUUUGUCGUCAGGGGCGCGGAGCCCUGCGAUGAGCAGCCCUAUCCGUACAGCAAUAGCCGUAGUGCUUCGCAGCGUUUGUGGGGCGCAUCAACUUCUAGCUGCGCCGAAGCCUUUCUGGCGAAUCAAGCAAUUAGGCCACGAAAGAUACUCUCCGCACGAGAUGAACUGGGGUUGGUACUGCUUGAAGAUGACGUGCCGCUGCCAUUGUCGCCCGGGAGGCCUCACGGUAGUAGUGGCGGUGCUGGUGGUGGCAGCAGCAGCAGCACCGGCAGCAUCCCUUUUGCACUUGUCACGAUACAUCCACCUGAGGGUCCGCAGAAGAGAGGAUUGACGUUCAGAGAAAGUCAAUUUGCUCGACAGAGUGAGGAGCCCGUUGCAUGGCGACCAGAACGCACUGCGUCGAAUGUCCACCGUGAUUGCGCUGAGGCACGUGGGUCAGCCAGUAGUAGAGCCUUUUUCCCGAGAUUGGGAUGGCGGGAUGUCGAUGAACUGCCCGUUCCACCUGGCCCAACACUGCACUACAAGCAGCUGACCGAGGCCUUUUACGGGAACUACUCGGGCGGAAUGCUUGCUCAAGAGGCCUACCUGUACUUUGUGUCCGAUAUAAACCGUCGGCAGUUAGUUGGUGGAAAGGGUGCCGCUCGUCGGCCGCAACAAACUCGAAAGUUGAUGGGGAACAGGCGACAAAAGCCCGAUGUUGCCUGUGCUUCACACGGGAGGGGUGCGGGUUAUACUUUGUCAACCGACGCCGCUUCACAGGCGAAGUGGGUAUAA